UCUUCCGGUGGUAAACAGUCCCACGGUUGACAGUUCCACAGCUUUUCCCAGCCGUGAUCGCAAACAUGCCGGGCUCAGACCGAGAAACGGAGCUGACGGAGAGAAUCGAAGCGUUUUUGUCGGACCUGAAGCGCGGUGGCAGCGGAACCGGACCUCUGCGGGGGUCGGCAGAGACUGCCCGGGAAACGACGUCCCUUCUCCGCAGAAUCAUUUCACAGGCCCGGUGGAGCAGCGCAGGUGAUCUGAUGGAAAUCAUCCGAAAAGAAGGCAGGAGGAUGGCCACCGCUCAGCCGUCAGAGACCACGGUCGGGAACAUGAUCAGGCGGGUGUUGAAGAUCAUCAGAGAAGAGUAUGCGAGGUCACGAGGCAGCAGCGAGGAAACCGACCAGCAGGAGUCUCUACACAAGCUGCUGACCUCUGGAGGACUCAGCGAGGAGAAUUUCCGACAACACUUUGCCCCUCUGAAGUCAAACGUGAUCGAAGCGAUCAAUGAGCUGUUGACAGAGCUGGAGGGAACCACCGACAACAUUGCCAUGCAGGCUCUGGAGCACAUCCACUCCAAUGAGGUCAUCAUGACAAUCGGCCGCUCUCGCACCGUGGAAGCUUUUCUUAAAGAUGCCGCACGCAAACAACGCAAGUUUCACGUCAUUGUGGCGGAGUGCGCCCCCUUCUGCCAGGGACAUGAGAUGGCCACCAGUCUUUCCACCGCUGGAAUUGAAACCACAGUGAUCACGGAUGCCGCCAUAUUUGCCGUCAUGUCUCGUGUCAACAAGGUUAUCAUUGGAACACAGACGGUCCUAGCGAACGGAGGCCUGAGGGCGGUGAACGGGACGCACACGUUGGCCCUGGCCGCCAAGCACCACUCCACACCCCUCAUCGUAUGCGCACCCAUGUUCAAGCUGUCGCCUCAGUUUCCCAAUGAAGAGGACACUUUCCACAAGUUUGUGUCUCCACACGAGGUGCUUCCUUUCACCGAAGGCGAGAUCCUGUCCAAGGUGAACGUCCACUGUCCCGUGUUUGACUACGUCCCACCGGAGCUCAUCACGCUGUUCAUCUCCAACAUCGGAGGACACGCCCCUUCCUACAUCUACCGACUGAUGAGUGAACUCUACCACCCUGAAGACCAUGAGCUUUAGCUUCGUCUCUAAUAAAGGAGGAAAUUGA